UUUGCAGAUAAGGAAAUCACUUGGCUCCAGAUUUACGAAUAUCUGGAGCAUUGUUUAAAGGCAUUGCUAAAUUCACUUCCCGGACCUGUGUGAGAAGGUUGUGUGUCAGUGUGCUCACCUCCAAACCCCGAGGAGGCUGUCUGCUUCCAGGGAACACAUACAUGCUAAUUUUCAGCCCCUCCUUUUCUUCUUCCUCUCCUGCCUCCCCAUAGGGAGCUCCAGAUCUCUCUUUGCAUGGGACCGGGUUGGAGAGUUUCAGCCUCCCUUGUCAAACCCUCAGUCUUUUGGGGAAAAGUCUCCUCCUUCAGGUUAGAAAAAUGCACAGAUCAAGACCUGUGGGCAAGAUCAAAAAACGCCUCCAAGAGGUCAAGAAUCAAUGGAGCCGGCUGCCCAAGGUGGAUUUCAGUCACAAUGAAAGUGCCAGGUUGGCCCUGGAUGCCCUUCUGGAUGGUGGCCCGGAGUCCUACCAGAAGGCUUUGAGCAAAGAAGGGGAGGUGGACUUCCUGUCCUCCGUGGAAGCCCAAUACAUUCAGGAAAAUGCCAAGCAGCCCUUCUAUGCCAAGGAGCAAGCUGGGGAAGGAGAACUGGGCCUGCAGGUGAAUGACUCUGGCUCUCUGCAGUCUGGUACCUAUUUCCCCGUGUUGUCUGAGGGCAGUGAGCCAGCCCUGCUGCAGAGCUGGGGCGAGGCUGAGAAGCCGUACCUGAAGGAGAAGUCCAGUGCUACGGUGUACUUCCAGACAGACAAGCACAACAAUAUCAGGGACCUCAUCCGCCGCUGCAUCAGCAAGACCAGUCAGGUCCUGGUCAUUCUAAUGGAUGUCUUCACCGAUGCGGAGAUCUUCUGUGAUGUGCUGGAAGCUGCCAACAAGCGGGGUGUGUUUGUCUGUGUGCUCCUUGACCAGUGUGGUAUAAAUCUCUUCCGGGAGAUGUGUGACAAGGCUGAAAUUCUGGAUAGUCACCUGAAGAACAUUUCAGUCCGGAGUGUGGAAGGAGAAACCUACUGUGCCAAAUCUGGUAAGAAGUUCUCAGGCCAAAUCCAGGAAAAGUUCAUCAUCUCUGACUGGAGAUACGUCCUCACUGGAUCCUACAGUUUCUCGUGGCUCUGUGGCCAAGUCCACCGAAACUUCCUUUCCAAGUUCACAGGCCAGGCCGUGGAGCUGUUUGAGGAGGAGUUCAGACACCUAUACUCUUCCUCUAAACCUGUGAUGGGCCAGCGAUCUCCUGGGCUGGUCAGGCCCCUCCAGCUGAGGGAAGGGUCCAAGGUCCCUCAGGACAGCUUCACUGACAGCAGCUGUCCAUCUAGUGACCACACAACCUCUGACCCCUUCAGCAACCCAUCUACCAGCAGUAAUCCCUACCACCAGUCUCAUGCUGUGUCUUCAGGGCCAAGUAGCCCCUCCACUCCAAACCCCCCACUUUCCAGGGUCCAUUCCUUCCAGAACGGAAGGAAUUACGUCCCCUGGGCACCUCAGCCACCUCAGGUUGGCUACCAGUCAAGGCAUUUUGUCACCGACUGCACAGUGGGCCUCUACAGCAAUCUCUACAGCAGGCCUGGGAGGCUGCGGCUGGAGGAAUUGGCUGUAGGGGCUAGGCUGGUUCCUGGAUGGAGGCCCUUUUCCAAGCCUCACUUGGUGUCUGAUUAGUUCCUUGAAUACCAACCAGGUGGGAACUGAGUCCUCCUGUACUUGGUCCUAGAUUCCCAGGCCCUGGGUCCUAUCUGAAAGGCUAUUGUAGGGCUUGAUUAUGUCUUCAAUGGAGGAAUUAACUCAGGAAAAAAUUCUUGCAGAGACGAAUGACUCUGACAAACUUGCCUCCAAGCUCCUUUUACCCUGGCUUGGCCCCCUGGUCCUCGGCAUGGCUUGAUAGCUCCAACUUGGAUUUACUAAUCAUAUAGCAGGCCUCAAUUUGAUUCUACAAACAUUUAUUGAACACUCCCAGAGCUGAACUCCCCUCCAAAAUUGCAAAGAUAAAAACAGUGAAAACCACUUCAGACCUUCCAGAGCUUGUGUUUCCAGGAGGUUUUGUGUUUGGUGGAUGGGAGGUAAUAUGCCACUUGAUGAUGGUGGAAUUGUUCUCUUAUCCCUAGCUGCCCUAUCACUGUCCAGUCUGGAGCAUUUGGGAAGUAAAAUACCCAGACCUGGAAAUCCAAAGCAUCAUGUGAAAAUUCUAGGAAGCCUGAAGUGGCCAAAACUACUGCCAUCAAGAAACAGGAUUCAGGAGUAUGAGGCUGGAAUAGCCCUGAGAAGGUCACAAGGGAGAUAAUUUAGGGAUCAGAACCCCAAAGUUGUGUCCUUAAGCUGUCUUCUCCUGCAGCUAUUGGACAAUCUCAGUUAUUAACACAGGCAAAGAAGUAUGUAGUCUAGACAAAAUUUACCUAGAAGUCAGGAAGUGUGUAUGUCAGAUUUGGGUCAAAAGCUUUGGAGGGAUAACUAAGGGUUGGAGGGGUUACUGGGGAGCUGGGGUGUCAGAGGACCCUGGUAUGUUUCCAUGAUUCCUGGUUAGACAAUGCUAUGAGGAGGACCUGGGGAAAAGGGGAAAAUGUCUCUACACAUGAACCACUGGGAAUACACAAGAAUGAGCAUCUAUCCAUAUCAUAUAGCAAUGGCUGAUGAAUUGAACCCAUGUGGAAAUAUCACUUCUGAAUGCUCAGGAGCAACUCCUUGGAAAUGAAUUCUUGCUCACCAACCAUGCCCUAAACCCAACCCCUCAACUUUCUCUGCUGUGACCUGUUUCCUCUCAGCCAGCAGCCAACAAAGAGAACCCACCACUAAGCCUGAAAGCACUUGGUGCUGAGGUCCAAGUGCAAAGGCUUGGUGGGUGCCUUUCAUUAGAGACACUCUGCCCAGGGGCAGGAUUCCCUUGAGUCACAACUUCCUAUCAAUGUUUAUACCUUGUUCCUUCCUCCAAUUCAGGGAAGGCUGAUGAAUACCCUUAUUUUUUUGUCUUAUACUUUCUAAUUGUCUUUUCUAAUAGUCAUCCAAAUGUUUGUUAGAUCACUCAAAGACAAAUGUUUUUCCUAUAAGAGCUAUGAUAUCAUUGUAGCUGAUGAACAAAGUUGGAUAUUGGAUUAGAAAAAGAGAUCUUUUAAAAAAAGAUCAUUAAAACUGACCUAUUAAGCAUACUCCUGGAUAUAUAUAACCUAAGGUGGUCAAAGACAAGAAAGUAAGUCCUGACAUAGCAAAAUAUUCAUAGCAACAUUUUUUUUUGGUGAUAGCAACAAUCCCAUGAGCUGGGAUAAUGAUUGUACAAACAGUGGUACUUUAAUAUAACAGAAUAUUACCAUGCUAUAAAAAUGGACAAAUGUGAAUAUCUCAAGAGAAACAAGGGACAACUUGUAUGAACUGAUGCAGAGUAAAGUAAGCAGAGCCAGAAAAAAAAUACACAUAAAUAUAAUACAAAAUGAAAACAAUACCAAGACAAACUCAAGAUUAAAUUGAAAUGACUUGAGGUCUUGGAAGUCUAGAGUAUAUUACCUUUCCCUUCAGAAGUGGUUAUUCUGUCAGAACUCCUUAAGAAUUUUCCUUCAAAGAGAAGAUUCAGUGGUUAGGGGCUGGAGAUAUAGUAGGAAAUUACUGGGGCAUAAAACACAAAGUCUCAAUAUAACUUUUUUUUUUUAAAGGAUAUUCAAUACAAUCAAUUUUAAUGAGUUUAGUUCUUCUCCUUACUGCUUGUCCAGUACUUCCUUUAUACCCAAAUAUCCACUUUAUAUCCCAAUCCUGAUCCCAGGCUAUUUUUCCCUAUGAACAACCUAUUACUCAUCUGCUAUUGACUCAAGUUCCACUUUCAGGAACCCACAAACUGUCUCAAUAAUAUUGAGCCCAGCUUUUGGCAGGGCUGAAUUCCUGAGGACAACAUAAACCUACCUAAUCCCCCAAUUCUAUGACAGUAUUGGACAGUAGAAAGUCCUAUUGUUAGUUAUCAAGCCUAUGCACAAAUCCCUUAUUCUCAUUUUGCUUCUUCAGAGUGGCAGGACUGUCACAUAUAUAGCAGAGAUGAGUCACAUUACAGAGGCUCUAUUUUCCCUGAUCUUAGGUACCAUUUGACAUAGAGAAGCUGUCAUUCACUUUCACAGCUUCCUUCUGAAAAACAUGUGUCAGAAAAACUGCAAGGAGAAACUGUAAAUAUUUCAGACAUAUAAAUGUAAACAUCUUUACAAACUUUUGUCUUAUCUACAAGACAUGCUGAGGAAGACUUUUUAAUAAUGCUUUCUCAGGUGAGAAUAUGUAAUAGAACAAUGGUAAACCAUGGCCAAACUCCUGAAGAGAAGUAAGGAGAAAAUACUCUGUAAGUCCUUUCUUAAUUUAGAGAGGAAGGAAUUGAUGGGAGUUGAUCCUAGAUCACUGAAAUCGUUAUCAGAAUGAAAAGUUUUGUGACUUUUUCAUCAGACUGAUCAAUGAAUCAAUGAAUUCGUGAGAAUGAAUUAAUGCUCAAAGCAUUUAGUCUUUAUUAUGGAUGUUUUAACCCAUACUACAGAAAGAAGGUUUGGCUAAUGCUGACGACCAGAGGCAGAAACAUGGGACAGAUGGUAUUAGGGAAGGAUGUAAUCUGGACAGGGUGCUCCAUUUUGGAGCCAUGACUAAUACCCCAAAAGCAUGCUAGCAGCUGUACUCUGAAAACCAAGACACAGAAAGAAUAUCAUCAAGGUAUUUAGGUUUUCUAGGGAAUGGAAAGGUCUCCUUGGGUGUAUCUAACUGGUUUUGGUUUUCCAUUUCUAAUAUAACAAGAAUGGUGUUGCUACGGACUAUCUACUAAGAAACCUAGGAUGAUUGUUUGCAAAAUGGAAGAGAAGAUUUCUAAGAAGGGAAGGAAGAUUUCCUUAGAAGAGGUAGCAUGUCAUAAGAUAGGCUAGGCCUCAAAACCCAGAGGGGAACCUUGGAAAACUACCUGAUUAUAGACCAACUGGAUGUACAUGUCUUCAUUGCCACCAGAAUGGAAUUCAAUUUUAAAAUUACAAUAGAACAGGCCAGAGAGUGAAUUGAUGCUGAACAUGGGUCUCAUCAUUCAAACACGGACUCUUGGGGUGUGAUAGCAUGACAGGAGGAAUGGGAAAAAAAAAUUAAAGAAUUAAAAUACUCAGCUUCCUGUAGGGAAAAAUUCUUUAGCACACUUCUUAACCAGCCUUGUAUCUGCUCUAUCAGAGAUGUGUUCAUAAAAGGAUCUCUAAUUUAGUUUAUAAUCAUACCUUUUUGAGGUUAUCCCUCAUAGUUGGACCUCAUCUUUGCUCAAUAAUAUCCCUCACCAUUCCUUUGACCUAAAAUAAAUUUGCCUCAAUGGUUGAAGAGGAACUCUUAGAUUGCAGAGCUUUAAAAGCCCUUGUUUCCUUUCAUCCUGCUUUGAUAUUGUAAAUCCAUGCAAUAUAUAUUCAUAGUAUUCAAAGAAUACAGUAGAGAACCCAGGGGUCAACCAGGUUGGGGAUUGGGUGGGGAAAGAAAAUCCCUGGAUCAACAUGAAAGCCAUUACUACCUGGUGUCUACUGUCUCCCUCCCCAAAUCCAAACCAAAAAUGGAGACUCAAGCCUCUUAAGAAAUUUAACAGAUCCCAUUCCUUCAUAAUAAACACGCAAGAACAGAACCAAAGAUUCACCUAUCUUGUGAGUGGUUUUGCAUGAACAUUUGGGAUUUCCAGAUUGAAAUCACCUCCUUGGUGAGUAGGGUCUACAAUUUUACCCUAUAGUUGUGUAGUAUGUUGGAUCACAACUGAACCAAAAACAGGAAUUAACAGGAAUUAUCUUAGCAAUUCUUAAAGAGGGUCAAAGGAAGAGUAUGGAAUUAAACAUAAACUGAGGGACCCAUUUCUUGAAAAGUAUGCAUUUCAAAGCUCUUGGGUCCCUGAGUCUAUUUGUCAGGGUCACAUAGUGCACAUGAAAAAUAGCAAUUUAAAAAUGGAAUGAUAUUCUUUGGAAAGUAGUGGGUUCCCCUUAAAAUCUUCAAGCAGAGGCUGGAUAUUCACUUGUCAAGUAUGUUGUAGAAAGGAUUCUUUGGAGGCAUGGAUUGGGCUAGAUGGCCUUUGAGGACCCUUCCAACUCUGAAAUUCUAUGUAAAUCAGAAAUCGGUAUAAGCCAAUUUGUGAAAUAUAUUAUGUACAAGAAUGGAAGAGGAAUGUCAGAGUCUCAGUUCAGCCUUCGUAAUCUGUGACAUGGGUCUGGAAGCCCCAUCUUUCCUUCCUGGAUUCCAAUUGAGCUGCUGUUCAUCUGAGUGACAUCAGUUAAUUGCAAAAAGAGGUCCACUAGUCUGAUACUUUGUGAAAUUUACUCUGCUUCUGGUAUCAAUGCCUGUCUCUACAUUGAAGUAAUUCAGAAGUAAGAAGCUGGCCUUUUGUGAAUACUUAUAGCACCAAGCCUUGAUUCUACCCCAUUUUUAUUCACAUAAGAGAAGGAUUGGCUUAAAGAGAUACCUGAGGACAAAAACCCAGGGGCAGGAGCAACAAGAAAUGACUACAAAGGGAGUAAGCAAAACCUCCAAGUUGGGGAGAGAAAAGGGAUAUCAGGAAAUUCCAAACAGGGUAGCUUGAUGAUGUAGGCUGUUCGAUAACAGCCAAUGUCAUGUUUAUAGGGAGAGGCAACAUUUCACUUUAGCAGGUCUGAUUGAUUUCCCAUUUCUGAUGUCACAGGCAGAGAGGCAGUAGGUAUUGUCAAGGAACACAUGCUUCCAGAGUAGAAUUUUCUAGGCAUAGAAGAUUCUAGAAAAGGGCAGAGAUAUUUCCAGCAAUAGGUAGUAGAACGGUGGUGAUGGUGCCUACAGCAGAGACAGCUUGCCACAAGGCAGGAGAGACCCCCAAAAAGUUUGGGGUAAUUUUACAGGUGCUACCAAACCAGAAGGGUCACAACUUCACACAUCGAGGAAACUGCUGGCUUCUGAACAAGUCCUCUGAAAGCCCUACACUUUCUCCAGUAUAACUGAAGCACUAGACUAGACAUAUGUUUUGUAUCUCUGCGGAAAAACAGCACAUUUCUGAUGUCAACUCUUCCAAAAUGGGGUCUAUAAAACGGAGACUUGAUAGAUUUUAUUCUUGUCAUUUUCCUAUAAAAUGUCAAUGUACUUCUUUAAAAGGCUAAGGAGUAUAGCAUUGUUGAAUAGGAAAGGAAACAGAGAAAUUAGUUAAGGGUACACCUAACUGGGAGCACAACAUGUAGCAAUAAUUCACAACUUAAUCCUUUCCUUUAUUCAAUCCCUGACUUUCCAUAACCAAGAAUAUAUAUGGAAAGUGUGGAGAGGGUUCAGGAGGGCUAUAGGGAAGAAAUGGGAACAGUCGACAGAUAGCUGCUAAUGAUUCUUAGUUAUCUGAAAGACAUGGAAAAGUGCAGAGGGCAGGUUGGAAGGGUACUGUGAUAGCAAUAUCAUUAAAUAUACUUACAAGGGCACCUGGACCAAACUUAAAAUGCCUCUCCCUUCCAGCUCAUCUAUUUAUAGUAGCGGUUGUGAGUACAUAAGUACCCAGUAGGCUGUUCUAAAGCAGCUAAAAAGAUGACCUACUUUGCUCUGGCCAAACCCCUUCCCCCCACCCCACCCCAAGCUACUGACUUCAAUUAUGAGCCUUGCACUUUGAGGCUUCCAUUGAAAAGGGGACAACUAAAAGAGGGUGGCUGAGGUCUUGAAACCACAUCAUACAAGACUUAAUUUAAAAAAUGGUGGAUAUUUGAGCCAAGACUUAGAGGCUAUCCAAGCUUUUCCUUCUGGAAUAGACCCAGUUUAAUUCUGCUCAUUAACAGAACUGUUACCACUUAAUAGAAGUGGUACCAGUGGGUAGUUGCUAGGGAGCAAAUUUGGGUUAAAAAUAAAGAGGUCCCUAACAAUUGUGGCUUGUCCAAAUAUUACUGGGCAUCUUAAGGAAGGCAGGAGGAAGACUGGUACGACUAGAGGUCUUCAGGGAGAGGGGCCAGAUAAUUGUUUAUCAGGGAUCCUAGAGAAGGUAGUUAAGCUUCAGGUGGCAUUGAAGUGGCUCCCUUCUAAUAUUGAGAGUCUAAAAGGGCUGGGAAAUAAAGAACUUAUUACUAGGUGGCUGUCCUCCCUCCUCAAAAUGCUUCAGGAAGCAAUCCUGAGUAAACUGAACAAAUAUUGCCCAGAGAAAAUUUCUGUGGACUGAAACAUAACUUGAGACAUUCUCUUCCCAGAGCCUCUAGACCAAUUGAGAGUGAUGAAUGGUCCAGCCACAAUACCCCUAGCACUGAAAGAGAAAAGGCACAUAGAAUUAUAGAUACUAGAAGUCAAAAGGAAAUUAGGGAAAGGGAUAUGCUUUGAAGAAGGUACUCAUUAAUUCUUGUGCAUUAGCCCAAGGCUAAGGAACCACAUUAAAUGCAUGCUUCAGAAAAAGGCAUCCUUGUACAGUUGAGCUGUAAACACACUGCCAAGAGGUUCCAAAGUGUUUUCCAAUGGAUAAUGUUGGAGAAUUUAUUCCCUGGGAAAGGGAGCAAAGGCCAUCAUCUCAGGAAAGUUUCAGGAUGAGAACAGGCAGAAGGAAAAGGGAGAUCAACAUCAAAGAUGUUCCACAAAUCACCACCACCUUCCAAGAACUGAGAAGAGUUGUAUUAAGUUGAAUUUCAAUGAGUAUCAGCCAACAGCAACAUCUCCAAAAGCAACUGAUGGUACAAUAACUAAGCAACCUGACUCAGAGCAAAACUGUUGAGACUAGGUUUCUGGAAGAAGGGUUGCUUGUUGCCUGAUGAAGCCUAUGGAUAUACUCCUUCACAGAAAUGUUUCUAAGUGCAUAAAAUACACAGUUGCAAAAGAAAACAAUUACAUCAAAACAGUUAAAAGUUCUCAUAUCACAGAAGUCAGGACCUCCUGCCCUAACAGGUUCAAAUCAGCUUUAUUUUCAAAACCAACCUUAAGGAUAGUCCUACAGGGAUUUCAGAAAAUCCUCCCUUUGCUCUGCAAAUAUCGCUUAUUAACUAGACUGAAAUUUAAUAGGACAAAUCAAUUACUGGAGAUGAGGCUUAAAAUGUUUACAAAAAAAAAAGAAAAAUCCAAAAUCUUAUUCUUGCUAAGAUGUGGUCAGUAAAUAAGUAUAGAUGCUAACUAUACCUUCCCUGUUUUCAUGGGCAAGAGAGGAAUAGGUGCCUGAAGUAGAGCAGAAGUAUCCAAAGAAAGAAGGGAAGGAUGAAGACAAACUGGGAUUUCCCUUAGAACUGCCCUGUUUUAUCUUCAACUGCCUAGAAAUAGAAGCAAUGCAGAAAGGUAUUUUGUCUGCUUCUCAUGAUUUAUAAGGCUUUUUUUCUCUAAUACAAUUCUACCAUAAAGAAGUACUCUGGUCUUGUGUGGCUGAAAAGACCAUAAAGAUGAUAAUCUCUUCACAAAGGUUUUCAAUGUUGUGUUUCAGUUUCUCCCACUCUAUGUUUCCUGGUUUGCUGAACUCUAGGAUCGUAAGCAAAGAGACCGCCAAACUGCUGGCAAGGGUGCAAGAAUAGUUGUGAAAGAGCAUGCUAUCCAGAGGUCUUUUUUGAAUACAGUAAUGAAAUUAAAGAUGGUUCACAAAAACAAGGAGGGACAUUUGUGGUAGAAGAAAUUAAAUAAUGUCUUCUCAUGAGCCUUCCAGACUCAGGCAGUACUUGUCAUGGUCAGUUAAGUCACUGAUUCUGAAUAACGUGAAUUUUUUCAAGGUUUUCAAGAAAGGGCUUAAAAUUUGAUACUUAAUAGGAAUAAAUACACUGAAAGUUUUAAAACAACAACAAAAAAAGGACAUGAAAUACAAUGGAAAUAAUCUUGGUCAGUGGGAAGUGGGGAUAGCUAUUUUACAAAAAAAGAUUAAAAAACCAAAUUAAUUAGCUAUGUUUCAUUUUGUGCCAUGGUUCCAGAUGAAGAAAAAAAAAAAGAUAAUCCAGAACAAGAUUUUUUUGGUGUGUUUUGUUUUAAUGGGCUGCUAAGGCGAGAUGUGUAUCUCUGUGUGAAACAGAUUUUCAAAAGGACAUAAAUGGUCUUUGAUCUUUCUGAACCAUUUGUCUUCAAAUUCUUUAGAAGAUGCGAUUACCAGGGCAGUCAAGGCUUCAGAGCCCACACAUUUCACCUCUGCAUGAACUUCAUCUUUUAUUUUUUCUGGAAUGAGAUCUUCUCUCAUAACCUGCAGAAGAAAAAAAAACAAAAAACAAAACAAAACCACACAUGCACCCCCAUAAAACAGGCAGCAGAUAGAGAAGAGAAUGUGAACUACUGAUUUUAAAUACUUCCAAAAGAGAGCAGAAGUGGGAACAUUUCCUACCUGGAGAAGAAAUGCUCAUUCUUGUGUGCUGAUAGAAAGGUCCCUUCUUGUUCCCACAUUGUUCUUGUUUACAUCUCAUUCUAACCUCUCCCUCAGAAAAUGCCAUUAAAAUGGACCAGAUCAAUAAGGGGAUUCAGUUUUCCCAGAAUAAUGGGCUAAACAAACCUUUUUUUUUUUUUUUUUGUAUCUAGCCUAUUCUACUGGUAGUAACACAACUCAAGGUCCUUCACAACUAUUCAAAUCACAGGGAAGGCAUUGUUGGGAAGAAUCUUACUGUCUUUUGGGAUUAAAAUUUUAUUCUAAACAUUGUUCUGUUUUGAGGUUAAAACAUGCAAGUUCUAGGGAGAUAGAAACCCCUCUCUAAGUAACUGCUGAGACCAGUACAAGUGAGAAAGGAGAGGCACAAGGGGAUAAUGUAUAUAAUUGGGGGGAAAGGGAAACUGAACAACAGCUAUGCAGAACAUAAUGAGGACACUCUACUGCUCCCUACUGGAGAAAAGUAGAUUCAUGCAAAUGCUAUUUGGUCUUCAAAACUCUAUUUUGGAUUUUGGACCAUCUUCUCUGUAGGGCCUUUGCCAAGGUAGUUGGUAGGAAAAACAAAAAAUAAGCCUUAAAGCAACCACCAAGUCAUAACUGUUGACCAAUGUAUAUGAUUAAAUGUGCUACAAUGUACAAAGAAAAAUUUUAAAUUAUUUCAUAACCUAUGGAAUCAACCAAACUAAGCAACAGCAAGUAAAAAAAUUACCUUAACAUAUACAAUAAAUAGUUGCAAAUUGAAUGAAAAUUCUAAAAUAAUAGUUGCAUAAGCCACUCAUUAAGAGAAAUUCUUUAAAUGGCUUUAAAUUGUUAUUUAAAGCAAAAGCAAAUUGUUUUACUGGGUGUCAUCUAGGUUUAGGUAAUUUCCCCCUUUCUAAAAAAAUUGGGAGAUGAAACCCCACUCUCUAAGAGAUCUUUAAAGAACUACAACAUGGUUUCCUGCCUUCAAGAGGCUUAGAAUCUAGUUUAGAAAACAUUAAGACUGACCUUGCACCUUCCAGUUCAUUCCUUAAACCCAUCCCAUCCACUGCUACAACCCCAAACAUGGGCCAACCUCUACAAAUCUCUAAAGAUUCUCAUGACUUGUUACAGUUCCAACAACUGCACACAUCCCAAGCUUUCCCUUCUCUCCUCCUCACCCACUCCCAGGAGACAUAAACAGUCUCUGAUGACUUAAAGGAAGGAGAUUCAUAUAUGGAGCAUGUAGCUGGAUGUGAUGAUCCUAUCAGCUUUCCUUCUGGCUUCAAGAUGUUCUGAAUCUACAUACAUCAUACACACAUACACACAGUUAGCAUAUAUUAAACACCAUAAGUGGUUUGGACAAUUAGUGCCAGAGAUCACAGAGAGAAAAAAAUUAUCAGGAAGCUUCAUGGAGAAUAUGGAGGUUGAAAUGAAUGAACUAUGAAGGCUAGGUUGGCUUCAGACAGUAGAG